UGGGAUAUCGAGAAAGCUUUGGUACGAAAAGUAAGUUUCGUUUCAAAACAUCUUCCGGCUGGGUAUGAAACUUUCCAUUCCAAGCGCACAUCAGCUUGCAUGCAGCAUGGCGAAAUACUGUUUGCUCUUCUUGCUACUAAAUCUUCAUUGCAUUCUCAUUGCUUCGAAAGAUUACUGUGUUAUUGGAGCUGGACCAUCAGGACUUCAAAUAGGAUACUUCUUGGAAAAAUCUGGAAGAGAUUAUAUCAUAUAUGAACGAGAUCCAACACCAGGUUGGUUUUUCAAGAUUUAUCCUAGGCAUCGAGAUCUUAUCUCCAUCAACAAAAGGCAUACAGGGAAGACGAAUAAAGAAUUUAAUCUCCGUCAUGAUUGGAACUCUCUUUUAAGUGACAACGAUGAUCUACUGAUGACAAAAUAUUCCAAAAAGUUCUUUCCGCCAGCUGAUACUUUUGUUAAAUACUUGAAAGAUUAUGCCGAUACUUUUAAAUUAAAAAUUCAGUUCAACACAUACAUUAAGAACGUCACAAAAAAUGAAGAUAGUUUAUAUGAACUUACAGACAAAAACGAAACAGUCUACCAAUGUGGAACCUUAAUUGUUAGUACUGGUAUGUGGGUGGAAAAUGUUCCAAAAAAUGUUCCUGGUAUUGAACAUACAGAGGGAUAUCCAACCAUGUCAAUAGAUACAGAUGAUUAUGAGGGUCAAACCGUUCUCAUAAUCGGUAGAGGAAAUUCUGGAUUUGAAACUGCUCAACAUUUGCUUGGAUCGACUAAUUUGAUACACAUGCUGUCUCGUCAUCGUCUGCGCUUAUCAUGGGAAACACAUUAUGUUGGGGAUGUGAGGGCUGUAAAUGAUGGUCCCAUUGACACGUAUCAACUGAAAUCUCUUGAUGGUCAACUGGAGGGUGAUUUGAGUGAAGUUGAAAUUGUAAACAUCAAUGGUAAAAAGUAUUUGCAGUUCCGAGAUGACGAAUCAGACAGUUCCUAUCUUCCUGACAACCUGGCUACAAGAGAAGGUUAUGACAAAAUUUUAAGAUGCACUGGUUUCAAAUUUGACCGCAGUAUAUAUUCACCUGAAGUCCGACCUAAUAAAUCACCAAUCGGUGCAAAGUAUCCGCACAUAUAUGGAAAUUAUGAAUCGACGAAAUCUAAAGGAAUGUUUUUCACUGGAGUAGCAACCCAUUCGUUAGACUGGAGGGUAUCUGCUGGAGGCUUUAUUCAUGGCUUCCGAUAUUCAACACGAGCUCUAGCACGCCAUCUUGAAUGGCGUAAUCAUCAGGUUCCAUGGCCGUCAGUUGUUUUGCCAAACAAAGACUUGAUGAAUUACUUAUUGAAAAGACUCAACGAAGCUUCGGGAAUAUACCAAAUGCUUUCUGCAUUAUCAGAUGUUAUCAUUUUCCGUGAUGACAAUAAGUUCGAAUAUUUGGAAGAAGUCCCUAUCGGCAUGAUGAAAAACUUUCAAAGAAACACUGGACAUGUUUUCUCAAGAGGAAUUGUGGUUAACCUGGAGUAUGGCAAAAACUUUUCUGGCCCUGGAUCGGAUCCGUUUAAAUCGGAACGAGCAACCGGGGAUGCAAAAUAUGCGCAUCAGUCUAACUUUCUUCAUCCGGUUUUGUAUUAUUACAACAAUGGCAUACCCCGCUUUAAUCGCGAGUUACCAAGACCAGCUCGUCUGCAUCAUAUGGUAGAAGAUUUUCUAACCGAGUGGAAAGCACCAGUGGCUCAUAUUCUUCCUCUUAGAUGGUUUUUGGAAUACUGCACUGGACACGAUAUGCGAAAAUUUUACGCGGAAUCUUGUUUUGAAUAUGCAAUGACAUGCGCCGAACCUCCGCCCAUGUGUAAAGAAGAAUAUUUAAACGGUUUCGCACUUCCAAAACCGGCGAUUGUUAGUGCCUGAUGGGUGCCAUGCACAGGAGACACGAAAAUUUCACUUUUUUUAAUAGAUUGUAAUUUUUUGUACACGAUGCCAUUAUUUAUUAGUUUUACACUUGCAUUUUAUCAAUACUGUUCUUUAUUCAAUGCAAAUUACAUAACAAGUUUAAAAAAAUA